UGUAACUACUGUUGCUUACUUUAAUAACGUAAACAAAUACUAAAUUUGUGAAGAUUUUCGUUGAUCAUCUUGUUUUGGGAAUGAAUCCAUUAACGAAUGUAAAGAAUAUCAACAAAUUAAAUGAAAUAGAACUUACAAAAGGUACUGUCAACAAGAAGUCAUGGCAUGAUUUAUAUAAAGGUAGUGCAUGGAUCUUUAUUGGUGGAUUGGCUUAUGGAUUGACUGAAGGUGAUAUUCUCUGUGUUUUUUCCCAGUACGGUGAAAUUGUUAACAUAAACCAUGUCCGAGAUAAAAAAACUGGCAAAACCAAAGGAUUUUGUUUCUUAUGUUAUGCAAAUCAGAAGAGUACUAUACUGGCAGUGGAUAAUUUAAAUGGCAUCAAACUCUGUGGUCGCACAAUUAGAGUUGAUCAUGUUGCUAACUAUAAACCUCCAAAAGAUAAUGAACAUGAUGAUGAAAUAACAAAGAUGUUGAAAUCUGAAGGUUGUGCACCAAAACCUGUGCAAGCAGAAAGCUCAAUACCUUCAGAUAAAGAAGUACAAAAGAAGAAACAUAAAAAGCAUAAGAAAGAGAAAAAGAAGAAACACAAGAAAAGGAAAAGGGUGGAGCCUGAUGAAGAGUUUUCUCUUGCAAAUGUCAAAAAGGAAAAAAUUGAUGAGGGUUAUUCUAAGUAUGAAUUUCCUGGAAAGUUUAAAAAUUCAUCUAAGAAAGAUGAAUCAUCAGAAAGUAAAAGCUCCAGUGACUCUUCUGAGUCUGAUUCUACUCACAUAUCUAGAAAAAUUAAAUCUGAUUCAUAUAAAACCCAUCCAAGCACUUCUGAAAAGCUUGAUAGACGUGAAAAAUCUGGGGCAGAUAAAUAUGAUAAGCAUAAGAUUGAAAAUUCUAAACAUAAAUCAAGAAAAGAGAAUGACUUAAGUAGUGAAUCAGACAAUGAGUCGAGCAAAAAACGGAUUUCUCCUCAUAUCUUUGAUCGUACCAAUGGUUUAUCGUUAGAAAGUAGGGGACUGAAGGAAAAAAAGAAGGGGCACCAAAAAUACGAAGGCAGUAAUUCUUCAUCUGAUGAAAAUUCUGAAAGACAUAGAAUGGAUCAUAGAAAUCCAAAAAAUAAAGAACACAUUGUGGAAAGAAGCAAUUCUAGACGUCAUCGCCAUGAUAGUUCAUCUGGAAGUGAAAAAGACUUACACUUCAAAGAAAAUAGCAGAACUAUGAGUAAGGAAAGAGAAAAGUAUCGGAGAAGAGAUUCUUUGGAAAGAGAUAGAAGAAAACAGGAUUCUCAUAGUAGCUAUCGAGAUCACCGUGGCAGGGAGUCACCUUAUAAAACAGAUCGCCAGAGUUAUAGAAGGGAUAGUAGUGAAAGAUAUGAGCGUUAUGAUAAGGACAAAGAUAAUAAAAGAGAUUAUGGAAAAUAUCACUCUGAACGAAAAGGAAGAUAAACAUAUGAUUAUUAUUUAUUAUUCAUUGUAAUUUUCAUAUAGGAAAUCAUGAAAACUAUGUUUUACUCCAUUUUUUUGUAAUUUGUUUUUUUGAAUGUUGAAUAUUUUUUU